GGAGCGCCUCCUACACCUCGAAAGGUCUUCUUGGGCGGAGGAGGUUCCUUGUGGAGGGAUUGUAAUCAGGCCGUUUGCACCUUGGGACUUUUCCGUGUGAAGCCAUGGUAUCCCGGGAAGAAACAGCUGAGGCGGGGAGAGGCAGCAGGCGGAGCGGUUACUGUGACGGGAAACUGUUGGUGUAACACCUCAAGCGCCUAAUGACUGGGUUGUAAGAACAAGGGUUUGCUUUCAGUGUUUUAGUAAUUUCAGGUUUGAAAACCCUUUGGGCAUUUCUCUGGCUCGUUGUACGACUUUCUCCGCUGAUGCCCUUCACGUACGCCUUUAAAGUCUUGAAUUCAAGUUGGCCUUCUGUCUGUGUGUGUGUGUGAGAGAGAGAGAGAGAGAGAUCCAGGCACUCCCAAAGAAGCUAAGAAAUAAAUGGAUUUUGGAAUGGCAUGCAGCUCAAUGUGUCUAUAUUGUAUACCAUUUUCUGUUAUAUAAUAAGCGUAUUUUGUCUGCAUUUUUAAGUACAUGAAGUUAAUUGCCUUAUAUAAGCUUCUUAAAAACUUACAAUGUUAUAAUUAAGAAUCUUUGAUGAAUAUCGUUACUAUACCGGUAUACACGUUUAAAUAAAAUAGCACCUAGAUAGCAUUUGUUGUUCUUGAAAAAUUAAACAUGUUUAGAUCUGAUCGGUCCUUCUAUAGGAGGCUUCCAGAAAAUCCUGGUGCUGUAAAUUAGAUUGGAAAAUCAAACAUAUUGAAAGAAAGCAUUAGCUAACAAUUUUGGUAUUGUUAAAAAAAAAUGACAAGUUCAAUUUUUAGUAGCCUUACAUUUUUUUUAAGUACACAAAAAUUUAAAUAAUGGAGAAGAGAGUUAUCAUUUCAUCAGCAAUAAUUCUGAUUCAAUACCAUUUGUCCUUCUGGUCCAUUUCAUCUUAACUUUGAAUUGCAUGCCAAGGGAAGCAGCUGUAAUAUUUUUGUAUCAGAAUGAUUGGGAUUUAUUGUUUUGGGGACACAUCUUCUUUUCAUCAAUUUGUAAGCUAUCAAGUUUUUGUUCCAUAAUGUUAAGCAGACAGUAAUUGCCACUAAUUAAAAUAAUUUAAUGUAAUAUCAAAUAUUAAUUUUUCAGUUAUAUUUUGUAACUUGAAAUAUAAGUAGCACUAGAAAAUAUGCAUUAAUGAUUUUUUUUGUUUAUAGAAAUUUAGAAUCAGUUUGGAAUCCAGAUUAAACAGAGAUGUUUUGUUAUUGGUUGGCAAUAAGGAGGUUAUGUUUCAAGAAACUACAAUUGCAGGCAAGAGCAUUAUCUGGGGCUGAUGCUAUAAAUGCUCUGCGACCAUUCUAUUUUGCAGUGCAUCCAGAUUUUUUUGGUCAGCAUCCCAGAGAAAGGGAAAUCAAUGAAAAUUCUCUGAAAAGAUUAAAUGGGUAUUUAGAGAAUCUCCAGAAACCAGGCUUCAGAUCAUUUAAACCAACUCAACUCACUUUUUAUGUACGAGAGAGAGAACAAAGCCCUUCCAGUGUCCAAGAACCAUUUGGUGCUGCAGGAUUUCGAGCAGUGAGUUUUACUUUAAACACCAGAGACUUGUUAAGCACAGUGUUAGAUAUCUUGAACUCGUGCAGUUUAUCUACGGAUCAUGUCCAAAGCUUGAAUGGCAGUGUAAAUACUCAAUCUACUCAGGAAACCAAAAGAAUGUUUCACAGGCCAAUUAAAUGGGAUAAGACAUACUACUCUUUUACUGGAUUCAAGGAUCCUGAGGAAGAACUGGAGCAAGCCCAGAGGAUGGAAACUACCCUGAGCUCCUGGUUAGAUAACAAUGAAAAAAGUGCCACGAAGAAGCUGAAGGACAGCUUACCACUCAGAAAAGAAUUAGAUCGUUUGAAAAAUGAACUGUGUCAGCAGUUGCAGCUCUCUGAUAUUAGAUGGCAGAGGAGCUGGGGUAUUGCUCAUCGAUGUAGCCAGUUACAUAGCCUAAGUCGCUUAGCGCACCAGAGUCCAGAAGCACCUAAGAAUGCUAAAGGACAAACCGUGAUAUUUACAGACCGCUCAGGAAUGAAUGCAACAGGCUAUGUUAUGCUAGGAACAAUGGAUGUUCAUCACCAUUGGACCAAAGUAGGAUUUCUUCUAGUACACAGCAUAUGGAUUUUUGAGAGGUUGCCAAGUUACUCUACACUGCAAAAAAAAGUGCUGUUUCUAGAGGAGCGCAUUAGCCAACUUUUGGGAGGCAUACAAAUAACUUAUGUUGAAGAGCUUCAGCCAAUGUUGACAAUUGAAGAGUAUUACUCUAUUCUUGACAACUUUUAUGAUCAAGUGCAUAAUAAGAGACUUCCAUUUCACCCUAAUAGUCUGCGUGGAUUGCAAAUGAUUCUAGAAAGUGACAGAUAUGCACCAAGUCUUCACGAACUUGGUUACUUUAUCAUCCCAGUAGUGUGUGAUCUAGUAACUCUUCAGUGGUUUAUAAUGGACAAAACUCACCAAGCAAGAGAAAAACUGAAUAGAAAGGAGGAGUCCAUACUACUAGAAAAGAAGCUGAUCAAGACUGCCACAGAGAAAUUUUGUCUUCAACAGCUAUAUAAAGAACCCAGUGUUUCCAGUGCACAGAUGAUUCAUUCAUGCAGCAAUCUAUUGGAAGAAUCAUUGCCAUAUUUACAAGGUAUGCAUCUCUGCAUUUCCCACUUCUUUUCUGUUCUGCAAGAUGGAGACCUCUGUAUCCCUUGGAACUGGAAAAACUGAAAAUAAAUGCUGCUAUAUUCAAUGUAAAAGAGAACAAAUGUCAUUUAUGCAUUGGUAUAAAUUACUAAAUUGAAUAUUUUCCAAAGUAAAUUAUGAAUAAAAAUUCCAUGCCAGUAUUGGGAAGCAAGGCAUAGCAUUUCCCUGGAUUUUUCUGCUGUUCAGAAAAUUGCAAAGUAUUGUGUCUGCACUUUUUUUUUUUUUUUUGCAAGACUAUAUAUUUAAGGGGGGUUGAAUCUCUCCAUUAAGUUGCAUAUGACUGGGUUUCAAGACUGUAAUGAAACUAUAUAGUGGGGAAUGAGGUACACAAACUUUGAAUGUAAUCCAGGUAGCACACAAAUGUGAAUCUUACAUGUUAAUAUAUAUAUAUUCCCAUGUAAUACAUGAACAUACAGAUUUUAGUAUGCACAAAUUGUGUUUGGAGAAGCCUUCUUAGAAUGAAAGAUGGUCAUUGAAAUUAUUCUGUGGUGCAAAUUUUCUUGAAAAUAAAUAUUUCUGCAGCACCCUAGUGGUAAAUAUUACUGAUAUACUGUAUUUAUUUUGCAGAAUUAUUGUACACCUUGUUUGAGAAAAUUUUAUAAAGGUUUGUUGAAAUGUUUUUGUCUGUUAGAUCUUGCACUUUAUAUUUUUCAUGUAAAUAAAAGUAGCUCUAUAUAUGGUCAAUUAUUUCUGAACAUGUAUUUUAAGCAUUUCUGCUUUUGAUUAAGAUAGUAAUAUGUGCUUCUUUGUAGGCACUUCAGUAGAUAUUCCUUGGACUUUUAGGUCAGUUUACCUCAGGCCUUUACAGAGCACAGCCGCUGAGGAACAGUGGCUUCUGGGCCUUCUGGGCAGCCCUGAUAUACUUACAUGCUACUUCAUCAGUAAUGUAGACUAGACUAUGUCCUUACAGAAUCCAUCUGCAUAUAUGAUUGGAUGUUCUGUAAAAGAUACUUGAAGAAAAAUAUUUUAGGAUCCACUAUGGCAGAGGAGAAAGCCAUUUAUGCUAAUUGGGGUCUUUUCUUGCUAAGCAUGCAAGCUAGUGAGGAGGAUCACCUUACAUGGAACUUCCCAGUGUUUGGGACAAGGAUGGACUGUGGGAAACUAAAAGUAUGCUGAGCACAUUUUACGAUCUUUAGAUAGAUUACUGUUUCCCAACUGAGUACUGUAUCUUUCAAACAUGUUGAGCCAUGAUUAACAUCCUGACUGAGGUUGACCUAAAUUGUAGGCCACUCAAUUUUGCACUAGGUUGGGAAAGGCUGACAUAUAUGAAUAAUUCACAGGUAACCCACUUAUGGCCCUGCAGAUUUUUGCAUUCCAUCUCCCAACAAUGUACAAAUACAUUGGCUAGGGUAAUAGAAACAUAAACAUCUGCAUUACCUAGAGUCCACAGAUUGCUCAUUCCUGGAUAGUCAUAUGUAUCAGAUUGAUAGCAACCUUACCAAUUGAUUUUGCUAGCGUGAAAAGAGAACCAGCAGCAAUUGUUUGCUAAGAGAUUGUGACAUAUUUCUUCUUACCUGAGUUUAUGUAUGUAUUACAUAAAGAAGAGGGGCUUUGAUAAAAGUCUGCAUACAAACAGUUUUUGAAUAGGCCACACUAUUUUGAAUAUUAUUGAACUACAAUAAUAAAGUUGUUUUUAUUUUAAUCUUCUCAAUAACUUUUAUAAAAAUGCAUUAUAAGUUGUUUAAAAUGGAUGACUAUCUUGAUGAAAACUCUGAAUAAAGAUGAAAGAAAGACAGAUGUUUGUAUUAAUUCCUACAAAUGAUGAAGCACUUUUGUCCUAAGUGAAGGCUGUUGAUCUCACAGAUUCUCAAAAAAUAAUCCUAAACAUCUUUUACUGUUACCUGAUGUUAUAAUUGGAGUCUUUACUGACCUUACCAAAAUGUUUAAAUAAUAAUGUGUAUUCUAAAAAUAAAGCAGAAUCUUACAA